ACUUUGUAGUUUGUACCCAAAAGAAUAAAGGUUCCCGGGCAGCAUUCUUUUUCCUUUCCCUUCGAGAACAAGAUCCCCAAUUUUCUCCCCCAUACCCAACGCCUAACUCCUGCUAAAGUCUUGCUCCGAUUGUCAAUUCCAUCCUCGCACCUGUUGCCAGCUCCUUCAAUUUCACGAGCUGAUGCGGGGUUGAGCUAUCACCCAAGUUGUUGUUCUCCUUUCUUCUAUUCUACAAGUUGGGACAAGAGGAGAAGUAUAUAGUUGCGCUGAUCCGAUUCGCUCUCCUCAAUAGGUACGCAUUCUCAGUUUCUCGAGCUGCUGAUUUAUGCCUGUGAUUGUAUGAUAGUCAAGGUUGAAGUGAUUGCUGAACUUUCUUUAAUUUUGGGGUCAAAGUUAUAAUCCAUUCAUUACUAAAAUAGCAGAUGAUGUUUGCGUUGCCCAGGAUAAUUAGAAUGGAGAAAUUUUUUAAUUAGUUUGGUUUUUCUAGAUGGAAUUGAAUUAUGCAGUUGGUGUACGACGUUGAUGCUUUGUUUGAAUUAGGUAGUUGAUGGGUCUUUGCACUUGUAUGUUAGAUGCUGCUUAAAACAUUGAAAAAGAUUCAAGUAUGAAAUACUGAAAUACUGUUAUUAUUGACUGCUACGGUUAGAACAUGACUAUUUUUUCAUGUUUUGAAUCGGGUAAAAUGGAAAACGCUCUGGAUCUGUUCUACACAACGAAUUUGACUGGACUUUUCUGUUGAUGUCAAGACUUUUAAUGCCAUUAUUUGUGGGCAGAACAGAACUCAUGCUUGAUUUGAUAAAAUUUACUCUUUGCUAUUGAAUUACCACAAAUUUUACCUAAGUUUGCAAUCUGCACUUUUUUCCUCCUUUUGGAAGGUUUUCAAGAUGGAUAAAAGUUGGAUGAAUAAGCACAGGGCUAGUGAUGAAUAUAGAACUGGUUUGAACAAUUUUCUUGCAUUUGCAUUUGGUUCACCGUGUGCUCAAGAUGGCAAAAUUCUAUGCCCAUGCAAAAACUGUUGGAACCGUUCUUGGAAGUCUCAUGGUGAUGUAUAUGAUCACUUGAUAUGCGUUGGAUUUCUACCCAAUUAUACUCAUUGGAUUUUACAUGGGGAGAGUUCAUUUCAUGCUUCGCCUCCACUGAGUACUACAUACCAAGAUCACAUAGAUACAAACACUGGUGUGCAUGAUUUAUUGAAUGAUAUAACCAUGGGGUUCCAGUCAAAUGAAGCAGAAGAACCGAAUGAUGAUGCUCUUAAAUUUUUUAAGUUGGUGGAAGCAAAUGAAACUGAACUUUAUCCUGGGUGCACAAGUCAUUCCAAGCUUUCUUUUAUCAUCAAGUUAUUUCACUUGAAAUGUCUUGGAAAUUGGUCCAUUAAAUCAUUCAGCUUGUUGUUAGAGCUAUUGAAAGAAGUAUUGCCAAAGGGAGAAACUUUACCUGUAUCUUACUAUGAGGUGCAGAAGCUUAUAUCAGAUUUAGGUCUGAGCUAUGAAGUUAUCGAGGCUUGUCGUAAUGAUUGCAUGCUAUUUUGGAAGAUGCAUGAAAAGGAGUCGAAGUGUCUUGUGUGUGGAUGUGAUAGAUGGAAAAAUAAGCCGAGUGAUGAUGUUGGAUCUUCGAAGAAGAAAACCAAGAACAUUCCUUAUAAGAAACUUUGGUACUUUCCUAUAGGAAAAAGACUACAAAGGUUGUUUAUGUCCUCAGAAACAGCUUCUUUCAUGCGUUGGCACAAAGAAAGUCGUACAAAUGAUGGAAAUUUAAGGCAUCCGGCGGAUUCCCCUGCAUGGAAAACUUUUGACUUUAUACAUAAGGAAUUUGCUUCUGAUCCUCGCAAUGUCAGAUUGGGUUUAGCUGCUGAUGGUUUUAAUCCCUUCAGGUCCAUGAAUAAUUCACAUAGUACAUGGCCAGUUGUGUUAGUACCUUAUAACUUGCCCCCUUGGUUAUACAUGAAACAACCAUACAUGUUUCUAUCAUUACUCAUUCCUGGACCUUCAUCUCCAGGAAAUGACAUUGAUAUAUAUCUUCAACCUUUGAUAGAAGAACUACAAAGUUUGUGGAAUGAGGGUAUAGAGACUUAUGAUGCAUCAUUGAAGCAAAAUUUUAGGAUGAAGGCAUCAUUGUUGUGGACUAUUAGUGAUUUCCCCGGUUAUGCAAUGUUAUCAGGUUGGAGCACUAAGGGUCAUCUGGCGUGUCCUUGUCAUAAGUCCACUCAUUCACAAUGGUUGAAGCAUUGUCAUAAGUUUUGCUACUUGGGUCAUCGAAGAUUUUUGCAUGCUGGGCAUGAGUUUCGAAGACAUAAGAAAGCUUUUGACAAUAAUCAGGAGUUUAGGCCUUCCCCACGACCUAUGUCUGGAUCAGAGGUCUUACUCGAGCUACAGGGCAAGCAAGUUCAGUUUGGGAAGCUCAGCAAUAAUGAUCCAUUGCCUCAUGGUUGGAAGAAACACAGUAUAUUCUUUAACUUGCCAUAUUGGAAGGACAACGUGCUGAGACAUAACUUGGAUGUAAUGCAUAUUGAGAAGAAUGUUUGUGACAACAUUCUUUGGACAAUAUUGAAUGUAAGCGGGAAGUCAAAGGAUAGUGUCAAAUCUCGCCUGGACAUGCAAAUGAUGAAGAUCAGGCAGGGAUUACAUCCAAAAAGACAUGUUUCUGGUAAAUUAAAGAAUAAAAACAUCUCAGGUCUGAAGAGUCAUGAUAGUCAUAUUCUGAUGCAACAACUUCUUCCUUUGGCGAUAAGAAGACUACUGCCCAGAGCAAUUAGCAAGCCAGUGAUGCAAUUAUGCUCGUUCUUUAAGAAAUUAUGUACAAAGAUAGGUGGGCUAGUGCAAGCACGAUGGAUGUAUCCAAUUGAGAGGUUCUUAUCUACACUAAAAUCAUAUGUUGGUAAUAAAGCUCAUCCAGAAGGUUCUAUUGCAAAUGGCUAUCUUGCUGUAGAGUGUUUAACAUUUUGCUCAAGAUACUUACAUGGAGUCGAGACACGAUUUAAUCGCCCUUCAAGAAAUUAUGAUAGAUUUUUCUCCGAGAAUGAAACACAAGAAGAAGUACCAACUAUCUUUCCAAAGAUAGGUCGCUCAUUUGGACAUGAGGAAGUUGUCUCUCUUGGCAAUGAUGUUUUGGACAAGGCACAUCACUAUGUGCUUACUAAUUGCAGUGACGUAGAUCCUUUUAUUGAGCAACACCUGACUUUGUUAAAAAGUCAAUAUCCACGCAAGUCACCUCAUGCUAUUCAAGUACUUCACAAUUCCACUUUCCAAUCCUGGUUUGCUCAUCAGAUAUAUGAAGGCAGCCUAAACAUAUCUCAGCAGAAGUUGAAGUUACUGAAACGUUUGGCUAGAUUACCAAACAAUGUGGCCAAAAAGUUUCAUGGUUUUGUUAUCAAUGGUUUAAGGUUUCAUACCAGCGAGUUGGAGCGAAAAAGGAAAACACAGAACAGUGGUGUGAUGAUAACAGCGAGCACGCAAAGUUAUGCUAGUGCCCGGGACAGAAAUCCAGUCUAUAGCGAGAUAAGUUAUUAUGGGGUUAUUCAAGAGAUGCUGGAAUUGGAUUAUAAUUACGGUAACAAAGUGGUAUUGUUCAAAUGUGAUUGGGUAUCAGAUGGUAGAGGUUUGAAGCAUGAUGAUUUGGGUUUCACGUUGGUUAAUUUUUCACAGCGGUUGAGUGAUAAAGAGCCGUUCAUUAUGGCUUCCCAAGCCCAGCAAGUGUUUUACGUAAGAGAUCCAAUUGAUACAGAUUGGCAAGUUGUCAUCAAAACCAUACCAAGAGAUCUGUAUGAUAUGGGUGAAGAAGAAGACGUUGAUGUUGAUACUUUUGUGCAAACUGAUGGUGAUAUGCUUUCUAGCCACAUUCCAAAUGAUGAUGAUGUUGAUUGGACUAGGACCGAUAGAAAUGAGGACUUGGUUGAUGCUCCAGCUGAAAUAUUUGUACCUGAAUGGAGGGGUAUUUCAGAUACAGAACAAGAGGAAGACAAUGACGAAGAGAACAGUGGUUAGAUGGUUGUCAUUGUGAAUUUGUUUUGCAGUUAAAGAAUGAAUCAUAUUAGUGUGCAUGUGGGUGGUUUAUUGGAUUUGUGCACCAAUUUGCUGUGUAAUUGAACCUUCUUUUUUGUGAUAAAGUUUUCCCAUUGUUACUAAUAAAGUUUCACUUUAUAGUCUUUCUAUCUAUGCCUCACGACGCACUUUCAUUACUCCUUUGCCUUACAAUAAAACCCUCACAUAGAUAAUGCCAAUGGGUUAGCUAUAGGGAUGACAACAAAACCCGAACUCACGGGUACCCACCCGACCCAACCCGGUCAACGUGGGUAAAACCCGUGUUGACGGGUUUUGGGUCGGGUUCGGGUUUAAACCCGCUAUACUAUUCACCGGGUUGGGUUGGGUUUGGGUUUAGGUAAAGAUCCGACCGAGGUAUUCACUACCACUUCGUACCGGAGGUAUUCGAAUCAACUCGUAAUAUAUCUUUAUUGAACAC